AUGUUGCUGUUUCUGAUAGAGACAUGCCUGAUCUUAAAGGCUACACAUUCAGACGAAUUCAUAACCAAGAGACAUCUGAAUCCUCAAGAAUUCAUGUCCAUUGAUGAAAUCAUCCAAUAUUGGGGAUACCCAAGUGAAGAAUAUGAAAUCUUGACAGAUGAUGGUUAUUACUUGCAGAUAAACAGAAUUCCUUAUGGAAUACAUGGUCCUGGAAAGAAAGGGUCUAAGCCAGCUGUGCUACUGCAACAUGGGCUCUCGCUUGAAGGUAGAUCCUGGAUUGCAAAUCUUCCCAGCAAUAGCCUGGGAUUUGUUCUUGCAGAUGCUGGCUAUGAUGUCUGGAUAUUAAAUAGCAGGGGAACUACUUGGUCUAGGAGACACCAGAACUUUUCAACUUACCAGAAAGAAUUUUGGGAUUUCAGUUUUCAUGAAAUGGGGAUGUAUGAUGUUCCAGCAGCAAUAAACUUCAUCCUGCAGGAAACUGAUCAAGAAGGAUUAAAUUAUAUUGGCCAUUCCCAGGGUAGCUCAUUAGGUUUUCUUGCCUUUUCAGCCAUGCCAGAGCUUGCUCGAAAAGUCAAGCUCUUUAUUGCUUUAGCUCCAGCAUACAGAAUGGUGAACAGCAAGGGGCUUAUUUAUGAACUUCUUGUAAUGCCUGAUAAUUUCAGAAAAAUUAUAUGGGGCAACAAAGAGUUCUCAAUUCUUAGUAAUACAAUGAAAACAGUCAGUGCCAAGGGGUGCAGCCAUGCAGUAAUAGACAGACUUUGUCUCUUCUUCAUUUUCCUCAGUUUUGGAUUUAAUGAGGAAAAUCUAAAUGUGAGUCGAGCAGAUACAUAUAUUGGACUAUUUCCUGAUUUUACUUCUGUCAAAACAGUAUCUCAUUGGGGACAGAUAGCAAGAUCAAAAGAAUUUAAAUGUUUCGACUAUGGAUCUAGGAACACAAAUAUAUACAACAUGACCACUCCACCGUUUUAUAGAAUAGAAGAUAUGACUGUGAAAACAGCUGUAUGGAGUGGUGGGAAGGACAUUGUUAUAAACAAAACAGAUACAGAUUUGUUGAUCCAUCGAAUCCCUCACUUAGUUUUCUACAAGGAUAUUCCUGACUGGCAACAUAUGGAUUUUAUCUGGGGCCUUGAUACUCCAGUGCGCCUAUACCCAGAUAUACUGGCUCUGUUGCAGAAGUACAAAUAA